GAAAUGAAUAGUGGGUGUGGAUAAAAAGAGAAGGAGCCAAGGAAGGAGGGGUGAAGACAAAUGUAACUGUCUCUGUCGCUCUGCCACAGUGUGUUACAGAAAAACAAAUCCAUGCCGUUCUGAAGAUGCACAUCUUGUGGAUUCUCCUCUUUCAUGCAGGUGUACACAGCUGAGACAGACUUACCAGAAAAGACAAAAGAGAAGAAACUAAGUGGAAAUUGGUUUGAAUGUAUGCACUGACAUGGAAUGAGGUUUGUUUCUUGGUCAUACAUCCACUGGACUCCAAAAGCUACCUGAGGAAGUAUACAGCGAGGAGUCAUUUUUCAAGGAAGUGUUUACUCUUUUAGGAUGUGCUGUCUCUGCUGUACUUCACAUUUUCCCUGGCCCCCCUUUCAUUGGGAUGUAAUGAGGAUUGAUGGUUCAUUCAAGCUUUUCCCUUAAACCUCUGCUGACUCUGGAAACCUGGCAUCAUGCCAGUGAUGAAGGGGCUGCUGGCACCCCAGAACACCUUCCUGGACACCAUUGCCACUCGUUUCGAUGGCACUCACAGCAACUUCCUCCUCGGGAAUGCUCAGGGUCACCGUGGCUAUCCCAUUGUGUACUGUUCCGAUGGAUUCUGUGAGUUGACGGGGUUCGGAAGAACAGAGGUGAUGCAGAAGAACUGCAGCUGUCAUUUCUUGUAUGGCUCGGACACUAGUGAGCAGAUUACUCAGGGUGUGGAGAAAGCAUUGGAGAGCAAGGAAGAGUACCAAGCUGAGGUGCAGUUCUACAAGAAGAAUGGAAGUUCGUUCUGGUGUCUGUUGGACAUUGUGCCCAUUAAGAAUGAGAAAGGGGAGAUGGUGCUUUUUCUUUUUUCAUUCAAGGACAUCUCAGAAACAAAAGACAAGAGCCAUCACAGCAGCAGAACUGAUGAUAAUAAGCCAUACAAAAGGACCACUGGGAACUCUCAUUUCAGUAAAGCCAGAAGGAGGGGUCACACCAUGAUUUAUCAGAUAACCAGCCAAUUUACCCGUGACAGCAAAAAUGAUGUCAACUUAAGCCGGGACAUGUUUGAAAAACCAUCCUUGCCUGAAUAUAAAGUGGCAGCAGUCCAGAAGUCUCGAUUCAUCCUGCUGCAUUACAGUGUGUCCAAGGCAUUGUGGGAUUGGAUGAUUCUACUGGCUACAUUCUAUGUUGCUGUGACUGUGCCGUACAAUGUGUGUUUCACAGCGUACAGCGAUGUGGAGACUGCAGGCAGGAGCACGAUAGUUAGCGAUAUCGCAGUUGAAAUGCUUUUUAUUCUGGAUAUCAUCCUUAACUUUCGCACCACUUACGUGAGUCAAUCAGGGCAGGUGGUGUAUGAGCCUCGUUCCAUCUGUCUACAUUAUGCUACCACCUGGUUCUUCGUGGAUCUGGUGGCCGCGCUGCCCUUCGACCUGCUCUAUGCAUUUAACAUUACUGUUACAUCUCUAGUGCACCUGCUGAAAACUGUGCGAUUGUUGCGUCUGUUAAGACUGCUGCAGAAGUUGGACAGAUACUCGCAGUACAGCGCCAUGGUACUAACGCUGCUUAUGUCGAUGUUUGCUCUGCUGGCUCACUGGAUGGCCUGCAUCUGGUACAUCAUCGGGCGCAAAGAGAUGGAGACCAAUGCCAGUGGAGCCUGGGACAUUGGAUGGCUACAUGAGUUGGGCAGGCGUUUGGACAAGCCCUAUUUGAACAGUACAGUUGGUGGUCCUUCACUUCGCAGUGCCUACAUCGCCUCUCUGUACUUCACCUUAAGCAGUUUGACCAGUGUGGGCUUCGGCAAUGUUUGUGCCAACACUGAUGCUGAGAAGAUUUUCUCUGUUUGUACAAUGCUCAUUGGGGCUCUCAUGCACGCUGUGGUGUUUGGGAAUGUAACAGCCAUCAUCCAGCGCAUGUACUCACGUCGCUCACUAUAUCACACGCGUAUGAAAGAUCUGAAGGACUUCAUUCGUGUUCACCGGCUGCCACAGCAACUGAAACAACGCAUGCUGGAAUAUUUCCAGACCACGUGGUCUGUGAAUAAUGGCAUUGAUGUCAAUGAGCUUUUACACGAUUUUCCUGAUGAGUUGCGUGCCGAUAUAGCCAUGCACUUAAACAAAGACAUCCUGCAGCUGCCUGUGUUUGAUGGUGCUAGUAGGGGUUGCCUGCGCUCUCUAUCCCUCCAUAUCAAAACCACUUUCUGUACGCCAGGAGAAUAUCUCAUCAGACAGGGGGAUGCAUUGCAGGCCAACUACUUUGUCUGUUCUGGGUCACUGGAGGUUCUAAAGGACAGCAUGGUCUUGGCUAUUCUGGGAAAAGGAGAUCUGAUCGGCUCAGACCUACCAGGCCAGAAUCAUGUGAUCAAGACGAAUGCAGAUGUGAAGGCACUGACAUAUUGUGACCUGCAGUACAUCAGUAUGAAAGGUUUAAGUGAUGUUCUUGAACUAUAUCCUGAGUAUGCCAGCAUCUUUACGACUGACAUCCACCGAAACCUCACAUACAAUCUGAGAGAGGGCAGUGAGACUGAGCAGAACUACCCAGACUCCAGGGCAUCAACUGCGAAUAAGCAUCCAUCCAUUGUGGAAAAUGCUGAUGAUCCAGACAAGUAUUUCCAUGUCCCACCAGUUUCCAAUGCAUGCCGAAACCUUCUUCUACCCAAUCUAAGCAGCCCAGUACGACGUACAUCACUAGGGAAUCUUUUAGGAGAGGAGUUAAUGCAAUUUAACACCCUGCGACAUUGUCGUUCACCUGUAAGGGGUUGGAGUCCAAACCCCUCCCCCAAACAUCAGACCAAAGUACAGAAACAAACCCUCCCACCCACAUCUACACCCAAACCCACGCAUAAGACACAGACAGAUUCUGGAGGUACAGGACGCAAACCCACCAAACUGCUCAUCCCCUCUCUCAACUGCUUUGGACCACCAGAUCUUAGUCCAAGAGUUGUAGAUGGAAUUGAGGACAACGGACAUGCGUUUCAUUUUAAUGUGGAGGACACAACUGCCAAAACUAGUACAGUGACAUCACUGGGUAGUAAGACACUGAAUGGGUCUGGUCAAGUGAAUGCAUUACUGCUUCAGGAGACAAAAGAAGUGAGAGAGACCAUUGACCAACUUAACAAGAAGAUGGGAACCCUGAAACAGGAAGUGUCAAUACUGACUAAGGAUCUGCAUCACAUAAUGCACCUCCUGCAAGCACAAAUGGCCGUUCAUCAUUACACAGCACCUUUGUCCUCCUGUCCUUAUGGAGUCCACAUGAUGUCCAGUUCUUCUGUCAGUAUGUCUCCAGCCUAUGUCUUGGGUUCCAGCAUCCACAUGCAGCACAAAGACCAUGUUGUCCCUGAAGGUCUCCUGGGGUCCACAUCUUGGAGUCACAGCAGACCUGGUGGUGUAUCUGGUUUCCCUCAGCACACUGAGAAACAGGGACAGUUUCACCAGCAUGAACCUAAUCAACAGAUUCCUGUCACAGCAAAUGAGCCCUAUUCCCAUGAUUGGAGUUCCACCUACACUUCAGUUCCCUCUAAUAUCAGCCACCAUCAUCACUUCUCUACUGGCUCCUCUCUCCUUGGAAUCAGCCCAGGAACCCAGGGGCCAACACCUGGAGAGAGCCCCCGAGCAGAGGGCUUAUCACUGGGCAUUGGUGCUGGAGAUGGAACCCAUGCCAGUAUUAGCCAGUCAUACCCUGUUUUUCAAACUUUGUAUCAUCAAAAUUUGGACAGUUCAUCUUUUUCUUGCAAGGUCACGCCAAGCUCUUAUUCACACCUACACCUUUCCUCCACUCCAACUGUGGAUGAAGAGCACAGGAUUCCAGAGGUGGCCCUCACUCAGAGUGUGGUACCUUCCACUUUUCUACAAGAGAAUUAUCCAACCUCUCCAAAGGAAUCAGGCGUAGUUUACUCCUCUCUUGAGGAGUCACCUGAAGUAGAGCACACCAGUCGAGAGUGCCUACUGGGUAAUCAAAGGCUGGGCCAAUAUAGUGAAACAUCAGAGAGCAGGUCUAGUGGGUCCAGUGUAGGACUUUGUAGCCAAUCCGAGAGCUCAGAGACCACAUGGUGCCUGGAUCUGAUGGACUGACAAUGAGGAAAGACUAUAAUCAAGACAUCUACAACCAACAUUUUCAUUAGAAUUUUAACACCAUUUUCCUUUCAUUAUGGAUUUCAUAAGUUCAUGAGUAUGAAGACAAAAAGCUGCUCAGCAGCUAAUCAUCUUGACCAUCACCGAACCCAUUUUCCACCAUCAGGGUGUCUUUGUUGGUGGCAGAGCCAGUGCCUGAACUGGGACCUUUUCCUGUUCCACCACAGUAAAUGGCAGUAAUGGUGUGGAAGAACUGGCACCACACCAACUUCUAAAACUUGCUAGUCUUAAACAAUAAAUCACAAAAUGUUAGAGGCUGAGGCCUGGAUGUGCUUACCAAGUAAGUUUUUUUUAAACUAGAAUAUCUCUCAAACAUACACAAACACAGACGCACACAACACUAAAUAGUUCCCACUAUUAUCAGUAAAGCUAUUAUUACUUCGUAUAUAUUUAUUGUACUUUUAUGGCACAUACACCAUAUUUGCUCUACACACAACCAACUGCUUUCCUUUUUUUUUAGUUAAUUCACUCAAACAUGAAUUUUUUUUUUCUGAACCAAUAGGACUUUUGUUCAUCUGCAUAACAAAGGUGAAGAUGUUUGUAAUAUUCUCUCAUAAUUUUUGUCAAUUCAUUAGAAGUUAAAGCAGUAACAAUUUUCACGCUUCAAAAAAGUAAAGUUCAAAAGAGUUUUGAGUGAAGAAAAGAAGAGUUAAAUUCUGGCUUUAUGAGAUACAGUGAGCAUCAAGUUGAAUCCAUCCUUAAAAUUUCAAAGACAGUGGUUCAUAAGAACAAGGUCAAUCUGCUGACACUGGGGAAAACAAAUCUACAUACUGGCAGAGGGUGUGAUCAAGAGGAAGAUGGUCACAAGCCAUCAACAAAUUCCAUCUAUCCAUUCAUCUUCUUCCACUUAUCCAGGGCUGGGUCGCGGGGGCAGCAGUCUAAGCAGAGACGCCCAAAUAAUCCCUCUCCCUAGACACUUCCUCCAGCUCUUCCGGGGGGAUACCGAGGCGUUCCCAGGCCAGUCGAGAGAUAUAGUCUCUCCAAUGUGUCCUCGGUUUUCCCGUGGCCUCCUCCCGGUGGGACGUGUCCGGAACACCUCCCCAGGAAGGUGAAUUUUUGCACCGGAGUGGCAUUAAGUCACCCAAAUGACUGGUGAAGAGCAUGCCAAGAUGCCUGAAUGGGGUGACUGAAAAUCAGGGUUAUUCCAGUAAAUUUUGAUUUCUUGAAUUCCUAAGUUAUAAACAUUAGUAUUGUGUUGCUUCCAAAUGAAUAUGAACUUGUUUUCUUCUCAUUAUUGAGGUCUGAAAUCACUGAAUAUUUUUUUGUUAUUUUGUCCAUUUGUCAUCUUCUGCAAAUAAAUGCUCUAAUUGACAACAUUUAUUUGGAAUUUGGAAGGGAAUUACAAUGGAAGCCACAAAUGUCCACACUGGCUCUUUUGUUAAAAAAUAAAUUGGAUAAAGAAAUGGUUCUUUCAAAAUUGUCUGCUGGAAGUUAGCACUGUUAAAUGUUUUUCAAUAAGAAGUUCUAAUUUCAGUUAUAUGGACCAGCAUCUUAUGUUGCAAUGCUACAGUAUAAUACUGUAUAUAAAAUCUCAUUAUCCAUUAGAUCAUCAACUGGCAAAAAUGUUAACUAAUUUUGAAACUGCUUUCCAUCUUUUUAGAAACAUGGUUCCUGGUAUUCCAUCUAAUUCUCAAACACUGUAAAACUAUGCAAAGCUCCAUAUAAAUUAUGUCAUCAAAUGGAGAGCAUCUUCACUAAAAAGGAGAGAAAAAAAUCUGACAUUUGACAGUUCAUUAGACAUGUUAAUUGUCUAUUGUCGACAUAAGUUGUAGAAUUCACAGAUUCUAUUUCAAUAAUUUUUUCUCUACAUAAAAUGUACUCUGAAAUGUUGAAUGAAUAUUUUAAACUACUGCAGAUAUCUAGGACACUGCAUGUGCGUACAGUACUUUUUCAUUUCACUUUACCUAUCAGAGCUUGACUGUUUACUCAAAUGGGACAUAUCAAAGAAAAGGAGGCAAAUGCACGUAUGAAAUAACAAUUUUACUGUGCCGUUAAGAUUAUAUUGAAAAAUGUAUUGUAUUAUAUCCAAUACAGGACAGUUUUUGCAUCAGACUGUUCUGACAUACCUCUAUAAACUAUGCCCAUGAUAGACUGCCCUAAUUUUUUAUAUUUCAUAUUUAAAUUGGGUUCAAUUAGAUGUCCUCAUUAUAAUGCAUUAUUUGAUGACCAUGUAGUACUGGAAAAUUGUUACUAUAAAAUUAAAAGCCCAGAAUGUAUGCAUAAAAGGAUGAUUCUGUGUUACUUUCAGAACAGAUAAAAUUACACUUUAAUACAUAUAGGCACAGCUGACAGAAUACUGCAGAAUACUGCAUAUUAAAACAGUUAUGCAUUUCAAAUAUACCAAGUAUUGCUGCCAUUGCAUAAUCUGUAAUGUUGCAUGUUGCAUUAAAAGUUGCUGCCAGAAAUCCAGUAGUACUCUAUUACAAUAAGCAACAGAAUUUAAUACUUGGAUUAAUGGUACUCAGGGUUUAUUUUCAUUAGCACAAUAUGUGACCACCUAAAUGAUAAGGAGCUAUUUAAUUUAAUUCUACAUUAUAUGCAACAUGGGCCUGCAUGCACACAUAUUAAUUAAUAUAGACUUUCAUGUGGACACUUGUAUGUAGUGUAUAUAAUGAAUAAAGUUAUAUAAAAAAAAACAUGACACUGAAUACAGAAUAUUGUAAUUGUUUUGUAGAGGGCAGUUUAUGCUUCUAUUGAUUAUCAAUCAAAAUUCUUUGCCAGACUUUUUAAUUGCUCUCAGUUACUGUAUAUUAAUUAAUCUUGAAUCUUAUAUAAAAUGAUUAUAUGAAAUGAUUUCCCCCUAAUUUUACCACUUUUUGCAUGGUAAUUAUUAUUCCAAUUGUAAAUUGUUUAUAUGCAUGCAAUUAUAUUUAAUCAUGAUGGUUUCAAUAAAACACUUUUCCCCUUA